AUGGUUGUCAAAAUGCCCGAUCGCGAGGGCGCUGUAGCUGCGGCACGUAAAGAGGCUCCUUUCGUGCUGACGGAAUCCCAAGGGUCCCUCGCGAUCCUGUUGGAGCGAGUUCAAGAUGUUGACUGGGCCUCGAAGAACGAUGUCGAUCUGACGAGGAGGUCAAGAGCUAGUCCCGCCAAAACGCUGUGUUGCUUCAGACUCGCGGUAUUGAGACGGCCAAUCGUGUGCAGCACGUGUAUAACUUGUGUGAAGCGUUUGUGGACGUUUAGAAAGUGCAUUUCCGCCCCAGGGGUUGUCAUUAACGACCAGCGUCGUUCCAUCAUUGCAGGAGCCUGUGCCAAUUGUGUCUGGCGCGGUAAGGGAGCGCAAUGCUCCUUUUACGUCGGCGAAAACGAGGGCUGGGAUCAGGAGUUCGAUAAGUACGUAUUUCUUCUUUUCCGAAUUGUCUUCAUUCCCGGCUGA